AUUAUAUUAUUUUUCAUUUCUGUAUCAAAAAAAGAUGAGCUAAAUUUACUUGUUAUGCGUCAUUUUAAAUAAUAAAAUCAAUUCUGGGCCUACCCAAUGAAUAUCUACCAAAAGUUUUCGAUCCCGAUUAGCAAGAAUUAGUCUGUUUUUAGAUCCAUUUAAACCUGUUUGGUUGAAAUAGCGUAUUGUUUUUACUCGUUUUUAUUUUUACUCAAACAUGGACAAUUAAAAAGAUUUUGAUAAAAUGUUAAAAGAUUUUGAUAAAAUGUUAAAAUACGGAAUAAUUUUUAAGGAUGGAAGAACGUGCUGAAAGAAUAGCAUUCGAAUAAAUAGAAGUAUUUAUAGACGUGUAAUGUAUAAUGAAACAGAGAUACUCCUAUCUUAGAGACUAAAUAACAAUGAGAGUGAAUCACAUCGUUCCAAUACACCAUCAAUAAUCCCAGAUUACAUGUACGUGAAAGUUACACGAUUAACACAAGAAGGAAUGUGCUUUACUAUUUCCAUUAUGCGUAGGUAAUACUUAUUUAGCCUCUUAAUCUGUUUUAUCAUAUCCUGAUUAGAAACAAAGUUAAACCUCUUAGUAGUAGGACACACGGUAUGGUGAUACGUUCAUAGUCACCUUAUGUAAUAGACAAGCUAUACUUUGCUUAAAUAUUCUAAUUAGAAACCAAGAGAAACCUCUUUUGUAGUAGGGCACACGUAUGGUGGUUUGUUAAUAGUCACCUUAUUUAAUAAACAAGCUAUAUUUUGCUUAAAUGCUGCUUACCUUGUUUUAUCUCGACCUCUCCCAUCACCCCUACACUCCAACACGACUAAUAUCACGUACUUAAACAUAUUUUGUAUUCUGCUAGUGGAGUACUGUCAGUCGAAGUGGAUUAUAACCUUGUUUGAGACAUGUUUUAAUGACAUCACCGCAGCAGAGUUUGUAGCAUUCCCUUAACCGACAUUUGAUGCAGAAAUUUGAAAUUAUGGAAGGUGGCACUACUCCUGCAGCUGGGUCUUCUAGUUCAGGUAACAGAAAUUUGAUAGUACUGGUAGCAGUGUGUGCAAUCGUCGCCGUAAUAGCUAUAGUUAUAGCUGUAGUGGCAGUAUCGAGAUACUCGACCACUCCAAACAUCACCAUCCUAGGCGACCAAACGACAAUAGGUGGCAGCACCUCUGGCCAAGGAUCGUCUGCUGAUAGUUCUGGUAGGAGCUCUGGCUCAGCAGUCUCAUCAUCAUCUGGAGGACGGAUCUUCACGAUUGCUAUAGGGCUUGAUAUAGGCGCUUUAGAAUAUAGAGACACCUCUGGCUACUUGGCAGGCUUUCAUUUGGAUUUAAUUGACGCGGUUUGCACCGAGGCUGGCAUGGACUGUCGUACUAUAUGGGACAAGCAUACCAACUGCUGGGACACCACCCCAGGACAACCCUCACACGGCGGCCAGGGUUUGAUGGGCCGUUGGUAUGAUGCCUGCACCGGCUGGUUUCGUACCUUAGAGAGGAUCCAGGUGUUCAGUUUUUCUUCGUCAUUCUUUAAGGCCCCGAUCAGCUAUUUAUAUAUGAAGACGGGGAACGCUGCUUCGUUUCCUUCCAAAAAUUUAGCUAACAAGAAAAUUGGUUUCGUUGAUGGGUGGUUUAGUGAUGAAAAGUGUCUGUCCAGAUGGACUGACGUAACAGGUCAGGACAAUAUGACCAGCGACCACGUUAAUAACCUUGAAAAUAUCGUAGCCAAGUUGAAAAGUGACGAGAUAGAUGUAGCAUUUGUACCUGCAGUCCACAUGACAGGCUACACAUCAAGAGCCAACCCUGAGAUUGAACAAGUCCCUUGGGGUGGUUUUUAUUGCACGCUGGCUGGCAACGGAAUGAUGACACGGAAAGACAACGACUUCAACUCCUAUUGGAACGUAGGGUUCAACAAACUGGUCUCCAGCGGGAAGUUUAAGAAAUUAUGCGACGCAGCGGUUGUUAAACACGGUUCCCGUGGUCCCUUGGACUGCGUCGACGGCUAGCACUAUCAUCUGGAUACACCAUAUCAAAACUGAAGAAGAGAGAGACAUUGGACCCCAAGUACCAACGUACAAACUAAAUCCGUCAGAAAAUCAGUUCCAUUUGUUUAUUGUAUUUUCCAAGGCCGUCAAGUCAUCUUUGGACAGGGAGUGUGUGAGAUAUAUGUUCAUUAUACAUACUAAAGUCACCACUGUGUUCAUACACAGUUACUAUCGAAAGAUAGCAUCUCCCCUGUUCUCAUCUGAAACAAUAGGAUUGUCGGCCAGUGGACCUUUCCACUUGGGAAUGCAUUUUGUAUAAUAUCCCAGUACUAGUAUCUAUAUUCAACUUUAUUUUUGAAUUAUUUCGAGGAAUAUACUACAACUCUAAAAUUGAUAUGUAUAUAUUAUAGAUCUAGAAUAAAUAUAUAUUUCUUUUUUCUAUGAUCACUAUUCAACUGAUCAAAAGUCCUUGGUAAAACGAAAAUCGCUUGUAGAAAGUAAACUUUACAAUU